CGGUGUCUGGAGGAGUCUGACGCUACACGUCUGUAAUUGUUGUCAUGUGGAACACAUGAUCAUUGUAUGAGAAAAUGAAAGCAUGUGACACACAUUUAGAAAACAGAGCUAUAGACGAGAUCAACUCUGAAGGUAAAAAUACUUGAGAGAUUGGUAGGAUGACUGUGUAGUCCAGAGAGAGAUUUAGGUUGGAUAUGAAACACUGGCCGAUAUGCAGCAGGUUCCUCCCUCGCUGUUCAAUUUCGAUCGCAGAAGGAGAAAUGCCGGAUAUCUCCGAUCAGACUUGGGCAUGGAGCUCGCCCUCGAUUUUCCCUGCAGAUGUCCUCGCUGCGGUAAGCGCAUCUUCAAGAUGCACAGCAACUGGAAGACGACGAAGCUUCUUGGAGUUAUGAUCAUAGCCAACUUCCUCAUCUACUUUCUGGUGGAAGUGGCCCGAAACCACGGUCACAACGACCACAAUGACCACAGCAACCACAGGCAGCGAAAAAACGCACGCAAAGAGUUCUGGCAAAAGCCAGGGGCCACGACAGCAAUCUGGAACCGUCAGCAGCAACGUCUGGAUGACAUCUACUUCCUGCCCCUUACCAACGGCAGCGAGUCCGUCCACAACUUUCCUGGAAUCCCUAAUUGGAUGAAUACGAGUCACGUGGGUUCCUGCCAGCCAGAUACUACAGUGAUCACACAAAUAAAAGACUUUAAUUUACUUCCGCAGCGCUUUAAAGACUUCCUGCUUUACAUGGGCUGCAGGUCGUUCCCGCUGAUAACGAAAGCACCCAACGUGUGUUCAAAAGCGCCUUUCCUCUUGCUCGCCAUCAAGUCCAUCGCACCACAUUUCGAUCGACGGCAGGCCAUCAGAGAGUCGUGGGGUCGUGCGGGUCUUCUUGACAACCGGCGCAUCGCCACAGUGUUCCUACUUGGGAACACCUCCGCAACGGACCACUUUCCCGAUUUGUCGGACAUGGUCAGGCACGAGGCCGCAUUGCACGGCGACGUGCUGCAGUGGGAUUAUCGCGACUCUUUCUUUAAUCUCACUUUGAAGGAAGUGCUUUUUCUGGAAUGGUUUGCCACCAAUUGCUCCUCCGCCCAGUUCGUCUUCAAAGGCGACGAUGACGUUUUUGUUAACACACGCCACCUGCUGAACUACCUGGGUAAUUUAACAGCAUCCAGCACAAAAGACCUAUUCAUUGGAGAUGUGAUCACCAAUGCUGGACCUCACCGGGACAAAAAGCUCAAGUAUUAUAUUCCCGAGAGCGUGUUUGUGGGGGUUUACCCUCCGUAUGCUGGUGGGGGAGGUUACCUGUACUCACGUAAUCUAGGGUUGCGAUUAAGAGCUAUCUCUCAAUUGGUCACAUUGUUCCCGAUCGAUGACGUGUACACUGGGAUGUGUCUGAGGAGACUAGGUUUGGUCCCAGAGAAACACGGUGGCUUUAAGACUUUUGGCAUUGAGGAGAAAAACAAAGACAACAUAUGUGCUCAUAAAAGUUUAAUGCUGGUGCAUCCCAGGAGCCCACAGGAGAUGAUUAACAUCUGGUUUGGGAUAAAUGACCCUAAAACACAAUGCGAGUGAGAGACCUUAAUGAAGACAAACAAAAUUUUUUUUUUACAAAAAUAAGACCGGUAUUAAAAGGGAGUAAACGGGUCAAUUUUAAUUUCAUGUUUACCUGAAAGUCUCGACUUUGUAAAUAACUUUAUUUAAAGGUCAUUCAGUCUUGGCCUUGCAUCACAAACACAACACACUGUGAUAGAUUGCCGAUAAGGUUUUUAUGCAUUCAUGCAGAGAUGUUUGCCGUCAUUUCUACAGUAUUUAUGUGUGUAAAGUCUUAGGCCACCAUUAGAUUUGUUGUUUUUGCAAUGGUAUAUUAAUCAUAAAUGUGACCCUAGAUCACAAAACCAGUCAUAAUGUUAAUCUGAAUGGUUUGUUAGGAUAGGACAAAUCCAUCAAAUCUGGAAUCUUUGGGUGCAAAAAAAAUUCCAUAUUGAGAAAAUCGCCUUUUUAAAGUUGUCCAAAUGAAGUAGCAACACAUUACUAUUAAUAAAUACAUUUUUUAUAUAUAUUUAUUGUAGGAAAUAUAUUCAUUGAACAUGAUCUGCACUUAAUAUCUUAAUGUUUUUGGGCAUAAAAGAAAAAUCUAUCAUUUUGAGCCAAACAGGUUAUUGUUGGCUAUUGCUACAAAUGUACCCAUGCAACUUAUGACUGGUUUUGUGGUACAACCAGAAAAUACAGGAAAUUUGUAUACAGGAUAAAAAUAAUAUCACAAAAUUAUAAGCUGAAGUGUCAGGUGUUUAGUGUGAGCCUCUCUUAAACUUGAGCAAUUAAACUUAAAGGGGCCAUAGCAUGAAAAUGUUAGCAUUGCCACUUUGUAGGUUUGAGCAAAAAUGUGUCGUUUUGGCGUGUUUUUUAAAAUGCAAAUGAGCGGAUGAAAUGCAAACACUGAUCACAAUGAUGGUGGUUUGUUGUUAUUCAAACUCAAUUGUGCUGUCAAGUCGUCCUUUUCUCUAUCUUUCUCUCUGCACUAAAUGGCAGUGCAGUGGUUGGAUAGUGCAGAUUAAGGGGGCGGUAUUAUUCUAAUAAGAUAUCCUUAUGACAUCAUAAUGAAAGCCAAAUUUCAAUGACCUAUUUUUGCUCACACCUACAAAGUGGCAAUGCUAACAUUUUCAUGCCAUGGCCCCUUUAAAUGAAAUACUGAUUUAUUAUUCAAAUCUAAUGACUUAUGUGAUUCAGUCACUUUGAAGGAUGUGCUUAGUGCCAAGAGAGGUCACACUAAAUAUUGACUUUUGCCUGAAGGAGCUAUUUUGUUAUGAAAAUUGUGGUGCUUUUUACAUUUUGUGUACAUUUUUGUUGUAUUUUUUGUUUGCUUCUUAAUAAAUGGAGUGAAAAAUAA